CUGACAUCACAGCGGGUUCAGGGGAGGAGGAGAGGGAGAGACUUCUUUAAGAUCACCACACCCUCCCCUCACCCCUCCUCCUCAUUGUCAUCUCUCCCUCUCUCUCUCUCUCUCUCCAUUGCACUCGCUCUAUACUAGGUCCAAGGUAACUAGCAAUUGAGCUAUUAAAUUGUUGCUUGAGGUGCAGCAGAAAGGCACACUGCUACAAACAAGCUGAUCAGCUGAUGCCCGGUGGCUUCAGGACUUUGCCAAGGUUAGCGAGGUCCCGCCCCAUUUUGCUUCUCCCCUGGGCUUGCGGUUGCGUUUGAGUGCACCCCUGAGGCUUUGAUUGGGCCCUCCCGCUCCGCACUUAAGCUCUCCGCCUCGUCCAUGGCGUCGCAGCCCUCAAGACUUGCUGUCUCUUGGUAGCUGCCGCUUCUAGCUACUCCACCUAACUGAAAGAGCGUAUAGUUAGUUGGUCUUGGAUUCUUGGUCCGGUGCUGCCGCCGCCAUGUUCCUGAGAUCGAAGAUCCAGGAGAUGAUCCUGCGGAGGAGAUCGAGGUCGAUGAACAGCGCCGGCGCGCAGAGGGGCCACGUCCCCGAUCAGGCCCCGAGCUCGUCGACCGUUCCGUGCGACGAUGACAGUGCCGGCGCCGGCGCCGGCGGCAGCAGGAGCGCGGGUGCGCGUGCCCUGUUCGCCUCCCCGAGGAUGCUGCACUCGUCCUCCCUGCCCGCCGGCGCCGGCGCCGGCGUCGUCGCCUUCGCCAGGAGCCCCGCGGCGGAGCCCGAGCCCGAGACGGCCUCCUCCCUGAGCCCGACCUCCGUGCUGGACGCGGCGGCGGCCUACGUGCCACGCACGGGCAAGCGGCGCCGCCCGUGGCGCGCGCGGGACAACAACGGCGGCCUCGCGGACGUGCUGGACUGCACCGAUGACCAGCAGCAGGAGCGGAUCGUCCUCGCGGCUACGUCGUCCUCGCGCUCUCUGCUCAGGUCGUGCUCCCUGGACCGCCGCGUCGAGUUCGGCGUCAAGAACAAGAGCUCGUGGCUGCCCCUCCGCGGCCGCGGCGAGCCCGCGGCGCCGGCGCCGGCCGACCCGCGCGAGAUCGGGCCGUCGUCGGAGGACUACACGUGCGUCAUCUCCCGCGGGCCCAACCCGAGGACGGUGCACAUCUUCGGCGACCGCGUCGUGGAGGCGGAGGCGGAGACGGAGACGGAGAGCUCGCCGCGGCCGAUCAGUCUGCCGACGCGAACGGAUCCCCGUCCACGCACGCGUAGCCUGAUGAGUGAUGACGCCGCCUAGCUAGGUAAAGAAACCGAAUUUAAUUAGCUGAGUGCUAUUAUUGAGUUCAGGCAGCCUUGAUGUUGCUGUAUUGUAUUGGUUGCUCCGAUCCGUUCCAUCGUCUGAUCAGAAAGAUAGAUAGAGUUGAUCAUUCAUAGGUGUUUUCUUGAUCAGAUGAUGAACUAGACGUUUUGUCCAGGUUGAGCUGAAGCUGUGAUAUAAAUUUGAUCAUGUUGUUACUA